ACACACACACACACACACACACACACACACACACACACAUAGACCAAAAUGCUCUCACGGGCACACAUUCAGAGAACUUUCUCUCUUGCGUACACACUUACAUGCUGACAAGCAGGCAGGCAGCCACACCCUCUCCCAUUAUCUGUGCGGCGAGCAAAUCAGCUCAUAUUGUUGUUAGCAGCGAGGGGCUGCAUUUCGCUCCUCAGCAACAGCAGCAGGACGGGUCCAGAGGAGAGCAGUCAUUACCAGAGAUCACACACCAGCUUCUACAACUGAAGCGUGUGCCUGUGUGACAGCCAUGGAGGACACCCUCACCUGCAGCCAUGCCACCUUCUCCCAGGUGUUUGGACGCCAGGGACAGCUCAUGCAUGCCACGGUCCAGUCUCUCAACAGCCUGAACGACCAGAUUGCUCAGUUCAUGGUGACCAGACCUUGUAGCCUGGCUCACGAGGACAAGGCCUUCAUGCCGGGAGAGAGGGACACCUUGAAGAAGUCCAUGACUCUGAUGAGACAUCUACUCGUGGAUGCUCAGGGGAAAAUUCUUAAAAUGAUGGAAGACAACAAACAGCUGGCACAGAGGAUUGAUGGGGCCAUCCAGUCCGCCAGCCAGGAAGUGACCAACCUCCGCUCCGAGCUCUCCGCCACCAGCCGUAGACUGGCGGAGCUGGGUGCCAGCAGCCCCCCUGCCUUGGAGAACCACCACAAGUACAAUCACCUUGAUGACAGCCUCCACUAUCGGGAUCCAUCAAUGCAUCACAGACAGAAGACAGUGGUGACAGACAUGUGCUACCAGACAGAGAUAUCCAGCCUGAUGGACUUUGGCACCCCAGACUGCUCGCUAGGCAAAGUGUUGUUGCGUGAGGAGGUGGUGCAGCUUCAAGAGGAAGUCCACCUGCUGAGGCAAAUGAAGGACAUGUUGAGUAAGGACCUAGAGGAGACCCAAGGAGGCUGCUCUGCCGAUCUGCUCUCAGCCACCGAGCUUCGUGUGCAGCUGGGUGACAAGGAGCAGGAGCUGGACCGUGCGAAGGAGGCCUUACAAGCUAUGAAAGCUGACCGUAAGCGUUUAAAAGUGGAGAAGGCAGACUUGGCGAGUCAGAUGCAGCAGCUGUACACAACACUGGAGAACAGAGAAGACCAGCUCCGAGAAUUCAUACGCAACUACGACCAACACCGAAAGGCGAAGCAGUCUCUGGCCACGUUGACAAAAGACGUACCGAAGCGCCACUCUCUGGCCAUGCCUACAGAGCCCGUAGUGAAUGGCAGUCAAGAGUGGGUGAUGCAGGCUGACCUUCCACUCACUGCAGCCAUCCGUCAGAGCCAACAGACCCUCUACCAUGGACACACCACAGACAGACAGGCUGUGGUAAGGAUCAGCCCCUGCCACUCACGCCAGCCCUCUGUCAUCUCUGACGCCUCGGCAGCCGAUGGAGACCGCUCGUCCACGCCCAGCGACAUCAACUCACCUCGCCACCGGACCCACUCCCUCUGCAAUUCCAUGGAGGACCUGGAGGACCAGAAGCGUAAGAAGAAGAAGGAGAAGAUGACUCUGGGAUCCCUGUCGCGGGUGUUCGCUCGAGGCAAGCAGCGCAAAUCACUGGACCCCGGCCUGUUUGAUGACUCUGACAGCCUCACACAGCAGAGCCUGUCUGACGGAGAGGAGCAGCUGGACCGCCUCCAGCAGGCGGAGCUCACUCGGAACACAUGCAUGUCGCUGUGGAGGGCAGGUGCAGUCCAGGCCUGGCUGGAGGUUGUCAUGGGAAUGCCCAUGUACAUCCGAGCCUGCUCUGAAAACGUCAAAAGUGGCAAGGUGCUGCUAGGCCUCACAGAUGAGGAUUUGGAACUGGGUCUGGGCAUUAGUAACCCCAUUCAUCGCAGGAAACUGAGACUGGCCAUUGAGGAUUACAGGAGAGCUGAAGGAGACCAAGGACUAUCAAAAGCGUCUGAGAUGGACCAUCACUGGGUUGCAAUGUCGUGGCUGAGUGAUGUGGGGUUGCCUCAAUACUCCCAGACCUUCCAGACUCAUCUAGUGGACGGACGAGUGCUGAACUCUCUGAGUCGCAGAGACCUGGAGAGAUUCCUCAACAUCAGCGACCAGUUCCACCAGACCAGUCUGCUCCUGGCAAUCCAGCUGUUGCAGAUACUCAAUUUUGAUAAAGAGGCCUUGCAGGCACAGCAGGCAAAAUGUGAGCACCAAGACCGGGACCCCAUUGUUUGGACAUGUCACAGAGUAAUGAAGUGGAUCAGGGACAUAGACCUCAAGGAGUUUGCAGACAAUCUUCAGGGUAAAGGGAUUCAUGGAGCUGUGAUGGCUCUGGACCCCUCCUUUGACACCGACACCAUGGCCAAAGCCCUGGGGAUCCCCAGCAACAAACACAUGCUGCAUCGGCACCUGUAUGAAGAGAUGAAAUCACUUGCCAUCCCUCACAGCAGUUCAGAGCAGGGCAGUGAGGUUGUCUGUUCCUCUUCACCUGUGGCUGUUAACCACUUUGCUGAGGAGAGGGUGUCAAUGAGAAGAUCGGGAAAGAGUCCGCUGAGGUUGCGUGCAAACAGCCACUCUGUAGAGCGAGGCCUAGGCUUCCACGGCACCUGCGGCUCUCCGCCCAGAGAGGCCCGAAUUCAUGCUGUGCCCCGGUCCAAAGGCAGCCCAAUGCACACCUACAAGAGUGUUGAAAUCACCAACGUCUGAAACAGCCUCGGCCAUCCAGAUCACACUGUUGUUACUAUUGUUUACAUUAUUAUUGUGUAGUUGAUUACUACUGAGAGUGACCUGCUCAACAACGUUGGACUUUUAAGUGGAAUUCCUAAAGAAGGUGUACCACUUGAUUUAAUAAUUCAAAAAUAUCACUAUUGUGGCCAAUAUAAGAAUAACACAUACUCUGAACAGAAACAAAGAUCAUUUUUUAACCUGAUGGAGCUGUUGUAAAUGUAAAUAUACUGAAGAGGAAGAUAGUUUUGUUUUUCCAACUAAAUGUCCAAAUGAGUUUUAUAUUAUGAGUUUAUUGAAGGCUGGAGAAUAACCUAUAAAAAUAAGUGAACACAGUGUUGUUCUCUUUUGAUGCCUUAUAUAAAAUAGGUCUCACAGCACGGAUGUUUACUGCUCUUCUCUUUCAACUAUUGCUAACAUGUCAGUAGAUUAAUAAAUGUGCUUAAGAUGUAGAAAAAACAUCAUUACAGUAUAACUUGCUUUCACUAUAGUGAUACAUAUCCGCUGUGUCAGGUCAACAGAUUUGAGUGAGAUGCUGUUAUCACAGUUUUUAAUCAUUACUGUAAUAGAUAAUAAACCUUAGUUUAAAACAUUAAAAUAUGUUACAUUUGGAGGAGCUAAAAUUUGCAAAAAAGUGCAACUUGUAUGACAAUCUUUAACAUGAAUUAUAUCUUUUCAAUACUGGUACAAAAAAAAUCCAUCUUCUCAUUAGUGUUACAUAAUGUAUUAUUUUAAUUAAAGAACUGAAGUUGUUUUUCCUUUUAAAUGUAAAUGUUGAUGAAUUUUGUUUUAACAAAGCUCUUCCCAUUUACAAUAUGUACAGUAGAUUAAACAUACAGUUUAAUGUUGGGUUUUGGAAGUGAUACAAUGUGUACACAAAUGCAUUCAAAUGAUCUCCACAUGUUUAUACUGUACUGUAUAAGCACUGAAGAAAUGGCAAUUCUGUUAAUUUUGUUAUGCACUUAAUUGAGAAAAUGUAAACAUAUAUUUUGUACAGUUUAAUCAUGUUUUAUCAGACAAAGUUGUAUAAAGUUUAUUCCUGAGCAUGUAAACCCACAUAUGAAAUGUCACAGGGACACACUGUGUGCAACCGAAUGCCAGGUCAAUCCAAAUAGUAAAAAACAGGUUUGUCACUUUCUGGGCGUCUCCUUCAGUCACCAAAAGCGGGAAGAUUAGACCAGUUCAGACCUGCAUGGAAACAGAAGGAGAGGACUCAAAUGGGGUUCGCUUUUUUAAUAUGACUCCACCCUGUCAGAGCUUUUCAUGUACAUCCAUAAUAAAGGUGAAAUUAUUGUCAGCU